AUGGUUGUUGUGCCCGCUUUAAGCGCCGCCGCCGUCUCGGUGGGCGGGCUGCUCUUCAAGGCGAGCGCCGCCUCUAAGGCGGCUACCGCAGCGGGCGUGGCCGCAGUGGGCGCCUCCAAACUGGGCCUGGGCAUCGCAGCUGCCAUCAAGCUGACCACCGCUGUGGUGGGCGUCGGCAAGCUGACAAUUUUGCCAUUCCUGAUCGCCGCCAUAGCGUACUACAAUUACGAUCUGUUCGAUCCGGAGAAUCGGCCGUUUAACGUGCAGCAGGUGGAGCUGGCCUACGAUUUCAUUAUCAUUGGCGGCGGCUCGGCGGGCACGGUGCUAGCCUCGCGGCUGUCGGAGGUGCCACACUGGAAGAUCCUGCUGCUGGAGGCCGGCGGCCAGGAGACCGAAAUAUCGGAUGUGCCGCUGCUGUCGCUAUAUUUGCACAAAAGCAAAAUGGACUGGAAGUAUCGCACACAGCCCCAAUCGACGGCCUGCCAGGCCAUGAAGGACAAACGCUGCUGCUGGACACGCGGCAAGGUAAUCGGUGGCAGCUCCGUGCUAAACACGAUGCUCUACAUACGCGGCAAUCGACGCGACUUUGAUCAGUGGGCAGCUUUCGGCAAUCCCGGCUGGUCGUAUGAAGAGAUUUUGCCCUAUUUCCGCAAGUCGGAGGAUCAGCGCAAUCCCUACCUGGCGCGAAAUAAGCGCUACCAUGGCACAGGUGGCCUCUGGACGGUGCAGGACUCGCCCUACAACACACCAAUUGGACCGGCAUUUCUACAGGCCGGCGAGGAAAUGGGCUACGAUAUCGUCGAUGUGAAUGGCGCCCAGCAGACGGGCUUUGGCUUCUAUCAGUUUAACAUGCGGCGCGGAUCGCGCAGCUCGACAGCCAAAUCUUUUCUGCGUCCGGCGCGACUGCGGCCCAAUCUCCACGUGGCGCUCUUCUCACAUGUGACAAAGGUGCUCACAGAUCCGCACACGAAGCGUGCCACCGGCGUGCAGUUCAUCAGGGACGGACGCCUCCAGAACGUGUAUGCAACGCGGGAGGUGGUGAUGGCAGCGGGCGCCAUUGGCAGCCCACAUCUGAUGAUGCUGUCAGGCAUUGGGCAUGGCGAGGAGCUGGGUCGCGUGGGUAUUCCAGUGGUGCAGCACCUGCCUGGCGUGGGCCAGAACUUGCAGGAUCACAUUGCGGUGGGCGGCAUUGCCUUCCUGAUCGACUACCCCAUCUCGAUUGUGAUGAAGCGCAUGGUCAAUAUAAAUACAGCACUGCGCUAUGCCAUCACAGAGGAUGGACCGCUCACCUCCAGCAUUGGGCUGGAGGCCGUGGCCUUUAUCAAUACCAAAUAUGCGAAUGCCAGCGACGAUUGGCCCGACAUGAACUUCAUGAUGACCUCGGCCUCGGUAAUGUCCGACGGUGGGUCGCAGGUAAAGACGGCCCACGGUCUGACCGAUGAGUUUUACCAGGAGGUAUUCGGCGAGGUGAACAAUCGCGAUGUCUUCGGCAUCUUCCCCAUGAUGCUGCGGCCCAAGAGUCGUGGCUACAUAAAACUCGCCUCAAAGAAUCCGCUGCGCUACCCGCUGCUCUACCACAACUACCUCACCCAUCCAGACGAUGUGAAUGUGCUGCGCGAGGGCGUCAAGUCGGCGAUUGCUGUUGGCGAGACGCAGGCAAUGAAGCGCUUCGGCGCACGCUUCUGGAGCAAGCCGCUGCCCAACUGCAAGCACCUGACUCUGUUUACGGACGAGUAUUGGAACUGUUUCAUCAGGCAAUACACGAUGACCAUAUACCAUAUGAGCGGUACGGCCAAAAUGGGGCCGCCCAGCGAUCCCUGGGCCGUGGUCGAUCCACAGUUGCGGGUCUACGGUGUGCCCGGGUUGCGUGUCAUCGAUGCGAGCAUCAUGCCGACCAUCACCAAUGGCAACAUACACGCACCAGUCGUCAUGAUCGCCGAGAAGGGCGCCGAUCUCAUCAAGCAGCUGUGGCUGACACCCAGCACCAAGCCAACGGAUCAGCAGUGGCGCACGAAGCGCUCCCUCCCGGUCGCGGGCAACGAGACACUCGCGCAAACCGUGCGACAAUGGCCACUGCCCAGCUCGUAGCUCGGGUGGGCAGGGUGUGGGCCCGGGGCACAGCCAACAGCUCAAUGACAGUUGCUCAAAGUGGGAGGCUUAAGCUUAAGACUAAUCCUGUAGAGUCGACACACAACUGGCUAGACAAAUUAACUAGUUUCCGUGAGCUCAAUUGCAAGUAGUCAGUGCAAUGUAGCUUCACUGUAGCUUAAAUGUGUUUUCUCACUUUUAUGCGUGUUUCACUUUUCUUAAGAAGCUUUCAUUUUGUAUAUUAUGCUUGAUUUUAUCUGAAACUUUCAUCAGUA